ACUCAUGAUUUACAUCACUUAUUUAUUAAUAAUUCCAAUAUAUGAAUGAGGCCCAACUGCUGAGAUACUGAAUAGCAACCUAACUGCUUAAGCCCACCCCAAACUUCCUUCUUUCAGAAUUCUGUGGCGUGUUGCACCUGUUUGUGGUUCCUCGUUAGUCUCUCAAAAUGAGGGUGCAGAAUAUCUGACCUAGGAUUCGCUCCUUAGGCCUAUUCUGGUAAAUCCCAGACGUCAGCAUAAUUUAUAUUCCCACAGAACCUCCACCUAAUAUAAGGCCCUUAACUGUAGCAAACUUCAUAACCCAUUUAUCUGUGUUCACCUCCUUGCCCCUCCAUGCAUGUUCCAAGCUAAUAAGCAAUUCUCUGAUAAUGAUAUUUUAUCUCUAGCGAGUAUAAAAUUGCCCACAAGAUGUGAGACUAGGUCCUAGAUCAUAAAAUCAGGUUGAGGUCAACAGGAGUGAGAGUCUGUAGAGACUCUUGGCCCCCAUUCCCCAUCUGCAGCAGCCACAAGCUGUUUUCCCCCUGGGCUCCUUGGAUCUUCGAGUCUGUCCCUCCUGAGGUUAUGUGUCCCAGUUCUUGUUUCUUACAUUCUCCUUUUCUGGAAGAAUUAGAGGCUGUUGCUCCUGAAUUUUAGUGUUUAAUUCCCCAACCGUCUCCACACACUGGCGGAGUUUAAUUCUCCCUCCCAUUACACUUGAAUCACUAGAUUUCCAAAUUCAACAACAUGUGCUUUUGUGAUGUCACAGUUCUGGGGUAGAGAAGCCUUUAUCCUGCCUCUAUGGUCUGCUCAAGGAAUGGCCUCUCGGGUAUCAGAUCUCUAUCCAGUCCCUCUCUGUGGGUAGGGACCCACAUGCCUCUCUUUUUGACCAGGUUUGAGGAUUGCAGCUUCUCCUACACUAUGUUCACUUGACUAACCUCCAGUUCCUGUGCUUUGCUUUCUCACCAAGGGCUGUGAGCAGUGUGUGUGUGAUAGAGGUGGGAAUUUUGGUGAUACUUGUAUGAUGCCAAUACACACCUCAGUUUCCCACUCUGAUUGGUAUUGCUAUGAUUAGAAAGAGCAGGAGACAUGAGUUGUUUCGUCAUGUAGCUGUCAUGGGGUGAUAUGAAUGGGUCAUUAAGGACUGGCUGGGACUAACCUACAUCAAUGGAAUACCCGACAGAGACAAGGGAAUAAUUGUCACUUGUCCACGGGAGGAUCUCCCCUUGCCUGAGUGAAGCAUACAUGGACUCGUUAUGUUUUUGGGAGCAGGAAGAAAUGGGCUCGCAGACACAGGGAGCUCUGCCGGAGCGAAGACAAAUGGACAGGGUUUCCAUUUUCAAAACCUGAUGUGAUCUCGCAGCUGGAUUGAGGGGAACAGCCAUGGGUCUCAGACCUCUAUGGCUCUGAAAAAAAGUGCUCCCAAGAGCUAUGUGCACAGGUGAUGAGAUGGUGAGUGAGAACAAGGAGAAUCCCCAGCAGGAAGAUGCUGAGCAAGUAGAACCACCUGGGAUGUUAUCAGGAAUAUCCAAAGGGAAUGUUUCCGGGAGUUGUGCACUCCCAGAAAAAGCAAAAGCCUGUGAGACUAAGCACAGGCCAGAGGAAAACUUCAGUAGCUACUCAGACCUUAUUACACUUGAGAGCAUCAACUUGGAAGAGACACGCUACACAGGCCAUGAGUGUGGGAAAAGCUUCAGUGAGAGCUCAGACCUUCUCACACAUCAGAGAAUCCACAGUGGAGAGAAACCCUACAUGUGCUCUGAGUGUGGGAACAGCUUCAGUUGGAGCUCACAACUUAUCAGACAUAGGACCAUCCACACAGGAGAGACACCCUACACAUGCUCUGAGUGCAGGAAAAGGUUCAAUUGGAACUCAAGCCUUGUUAGACAUCAGAAAACCCACACAGGAGAAAAACCCUACAAGUGCUCUGAGUGUGAGAAACGCUUCAGUUAUAACUCAGUCUUCAUCUGGCAUCAGCGAAUCCACACAGAAGAGACACCCUACGCAUGCUCUGUGUGUGGGAAAAGCUUCAACCAGGGCUCAAGCCUUAUUAGACAUCAGCAAAUCCAUGCUGGAUGGACUCCCUGCACAUGCUCGGAGUGUGGGAAAUGCUUCAUGGCUCAUUCAGCCCUCAUCACACAUGAGAGAAUCCACACAGGAGAGAGACCUUACAUGUGCUCCGUGUGUGGGGAAAGCUUCAAUCAGAGCUCAAACCUUAUCAGACAUCGGACAAUCCACAUAGGAGAGACACCGUACACAUGCGCUGAUGUGGGAAGAGUAUUAAGCAGAGCUCUUCCCUGAUCACACAUCAGAGAAUCCACACAGGGUAGGUGUCCUACACAUGCUCUGAGUCUGGGGAAUGCUUCAGUUUUAGCUCAGCUCUCAUCAGAGAAUCCACAGUGGAGAGACGUCCUACACGUGCUAUGAGUGUGGGAAAAGCUUCAGUCGGAGAUCAAACCUUGUUAGACGUAAGAAAAUCCACAUAUGAGAGAAUUGUAAUAAAUGCCUUGAUUCCUGCUGGCCAAAGAUUGUUUUU